CAGAACAUCAUUCAUUGCGUACAAAAAAAACACAUGUUGUUUAUGGUGUCAAGAACAGUGUGAACUGCGAUGUGAAUGUGAUUUGCACUGCGAUUUUGCGAAUUUUAUCUUGUGAAUUUAGUAAAUGGUGGAAUUUAGUUGUGUUUUGUAAUGUCGUGACAGUGAAAUAAAAUGCAGUUCUACAAAGAGAGAAUACUCAAUGCUGCCCAGUUAAAAAGACUAAGUGAACACAAAUAUUCUUGUACGAGUGCCAGUAUAUUAGAUGCAUGGCUCCAGCCGUGGUGGUGCUGGCUAGUGUCUAAAACGCCGUUAUGGCUCGCGCCGAAUCUCAUCACAAUAUUAGGUUUAAUAGUAAAUAUAGUCACCACACUUAUACUAGUUUGGUUCAGUCCAGACGCGCGGCAGGAGCCUCCACGAUGGGCCUGCGCCCUCUGCGCGCUUGGAGUGUUCAUCUACCAGAGCCUGGACGCCAUCGACGGCAAGCAGGCCCGCCGGACCGGCAGCCAGUCGCCGCUCGGAGAACUCUUCGAUCAUGGCUGUGACAGCAUAUCUACAGUCUUCAUAGCGCUAGGGGCUUGCAUAGCCGUCAAGUUAGGGGAGUACCCUACUUGGAUGUUCUUCCAGUGUUUCUGCGCAAUGACGUUGUUCUACUGCGCCCACUGGCAGGCGUACGUGACAGGCACGCUCAAGAUGGGCAGGAUAGACGUGACGGAGGCCCAGUACUCCAUCAUGGGCAUCCACCUCGUGUCCGCCAUCCUCGGCCCCAGCUUCUGGGCCACUCAGAUCCCAGCGUUGGGCGUGCCGCUGAGUCUGCAAGUUACCUCCAUGUGCUUCGCGGCGCAGUUUUACUUUGCUACCAACUUUUUUACCACGUUCCGAGUUAGGGGAUGUGGCAAAAACGGAUCGACCGUUGCUGGUACGAGCAUCCUGUCUCCGGUGAUCCCGUUCUCGCUGGUGGUGGUACCGGCCUUCAUCAUCUUCCAGAAGAGCGAGUCGAAUGUGUACCAGCAUCACCCGUCGCUUUACAUACUGGCUUUCGGUAUGGUCGCCGCUAAAGUCACCAAUAGACUUGUGGUGGCGCAUAUGACGAAGAGUGAGAUGGAGUAUUACGACUGGUCGCUGCUAGGGCCCGCUAUGUUGUUCCUCAACCAGUACUUCAACCAUGCGCUGCCCGAGUACUAUGUACUGUGGCUAUGUACGAUAUGGGUAUGCGUGGACCUGGUGCGGUACUGCGGGCAGAUCUGCCUGGAGAUCUGCGCGCACCUGCGCAUCCAGCUGUUCCGCAUCACUCCCGCGCCGGCGCCCGCCGCGACACACGCCGCCAACGAUGACGAGGCGCAUCUAUUGGAUAAAAGUUAUCUCGUAUACAUAGGAAGCGAUGACGAGUAAGUCAGGGAUUCAUGGAUGGGAUGCUUGCCCCCUAGAACAUUAGUUUUAAACCAGUUUUUGAGUGUGUUAGUGACAUUCGCGAUGUUGAUGUCAUGAAAAGACUCAUUAAUCGCCUCAAUUUCGAUAAUUAUGAGUACCUUUUGGACGUCCUUUUAGGUACACUAAAAUUAGCACGUUUCCUUGCUUGCUCGAGAACGGUCAACAUCGCGGUUGUCGUCAAUAGAGUACGUUACUUGCAUUACUGCUAAUUCUUCAUAUUAAUCCCAACUUUAUGGACAAGUUAAACUAUGACAUGUCUACCAUGAAGGUUACAUUCUGUUGAAUAGCACCGCUUUUUAAUUAAGUUGAUGAAAUUAAAAUAUUUAUUUAUUAUUAACUGUUACUGAUGGAGUCGGUGGCCUCGAGCGCAGACUAAUUUAGCGUAAAUUAUCUAAUAAUAAUUGACCUAUGGACGGAAUGUAACUUUGAAUAAAUUAUAACAAGUUAUUUAAAACAGCUAGCGAAUUAGGCCAGGUAGAAGUCAGCUAGAACGAAUACAAUUAGAGAUUAUAAUAAUGUCUGUAAAUAGCUAAUUGUGCAAAGUAUUCAUAAAUUCUGUUAACAAAAUAUAAUGUAAUUUUUCUUUUGUUGAUAUCAGCACUAUUAUGAUAGAAGAAAAUGUGGUAUAGUUUAAUGAAUAGCAAGUAGUUGGAGAAGCUUAUAAAUAGAAGGGAUGGCCGUUUCUUAGCCAUUUACUCUGUUAAAAUAAUAAUAACUAGCCAGAAGUGAACCUGGCAGGGAACUAAAACUAGAUGUGUAAUAAAAUACAGAAUUUUCGAAAGAAUACAAUAUAUUUACUGUUAUACAAUAUUGUAUCGACUGUUCAACCCUAGAGCAAUACUAAUUUUGUGUCUUUGAAUAUCUGUCUUUCCAUUUUCUGUAGAUCUAUAUCUAGAUAAUGUUAUGCUCCAUUUCUUAAAGUUUAGCUAGUCUAUCGUUAAAAUCUAAAUUAAAUCCUAAUAAUAAGUUUUGAAUGUUCAUUACGAUUCAUGUUUCUGCUAACAACUGACCGCCGGUGUCGGCCGCCACUAAUCUAUCUUCGCUCUCGUAGCUCUAUUUACCUAAGUAUAUUUUCCUUCCAACGUAUGUAUGUGCUAUAAUAUUAUAUGUAUGAAGUGCUAGGAACGCUUGCAACUGCUAGAGACGUACUGUCUUCUCAUCUAGUCGGUUCAAAUGAAUUAAAAUAAAAUAGUGAUUGCACUCGGACGUACAUAAUUGGAGCUCAAAAAUGUUAAAGGUUGAAGUAGCUAUACAGCCGCUGUAGUGCUAAGUGUGUAAAUAUGUGUUAAUUAUUGAUGUUACACAAACGCAAGCCCGCUGUAUCAUAAUUGUUAAAUGUAUUUUUUAUGUGAAAUAUAACAAAUGUACAUUUUGA